UCUAUCCUUCCCUCUCUCUCUUAGGGACCUGAGGAAUAAUUUGAUUAGCACGGUGGAGCGCGGGGCCUUCCGCGGACUGGUGGCUCUGAGGAGACUGGAUCUGUCCAACAAUCGGAUUGGCUGCCUCUCUCCUGAAAUGUUUGUGGACCUUGGCAAUCUCUCUAAAUUGAAUCUAUCUGGAAAUAUUUUCUCUUCCUUGCCGGUGGGACUAUUCACACACCUCCUGUCUCUCGAAGUCCUGCACUUCUCCACAGAGUCUCUGUUCUGUGACUGUCAGCUGGAGUGGCUGCUGCUGUGGGCCAGGGCAAACGGCGUGCUUCUGGGCAACGACACCCUGUGCGUUCAUCCCACACACCUCCGCGGCCUGGAGGUCCACAACCUGAGGGAGACACAGCUCAGAUGUGAUGAGCCUCUGGAGCUGCCCCUGUUUCAGCUAAUCCCGUCCCAGAGACAGGUGGUGUUCCGUGGGGACCGGCUGCCGCUGCAGUGCACUGUGUCCUACCUGGACCCUUCGGUCACGCUGCUCUGGCACCACAAUGGCGACGUCGUCCACAGCAACCAGGACAGGGGCGUCUACGUAGAGGAUACCCUGGUCCAUGACUGCUGCCUGCUCACCGGCGAGGUCGUCCUCUCCAACAUCAACCACAGCCUGUCUGGCAUCUGGGAGUGCCAGGUGACCAGUUCCCGUGGCAACAGGUCCAGACAGAUGGAGAUCCUUGUGUUGGAGACGUCAGCACCCUACUGCUCAGCAGACAGGAUCAACAGCAACAAGGGGGACUUCAGGUGGCCAAAGACCCUGGCAGGGAUACUGGCCUUCCUGCCCUGUGCUCCAUCCACAUUUGGCUAUGCCCCCCGCCCUUCUGGUGCCUCUUCACACCACCUCACUCAGAGGGAGAAGAAGGCCUGGCGACGCUGUGACCGGGCAGGCCGGUGGGCAGAGGAUGACUAUACCCAGUGCCCAUAUGCCAGCGAGGUGACUCGCAUACUGCAUGAGCUCACCCAGAUGACCAUCAACACCAGCAAUGCCCAGCCGUUAGCCCAGCAGCUGGUAGCCUUCACCAGCAGGGCGGGGGACUUCAGCGAUGUGAUGGAUGUCAUCUUUGUCACACACCUGGUUGAGAGGCUGACUCGCCUGGUGGACCAGCGUAGAGAACUAGGGGACUAUAUCUCUGACAUAGCCAGUAACAUGAUGCUGGUGGAGGAACACAUCCUGUGGAUGGCUCAGAACGAGGCCCGGGCAUGUACACGCAUUGUCCAGUGUGUGGAGCGCAUCGCCGACUUGGCUCUCACCAUAGACACGCAGGUCAUAUCAAAGGUGUCCCCAAACAUAGCCAUGGAGGCCUUUCUGAUCAGGCCGUCUAACUUCCAGGGUCUUUCGUGUAUGGCAGUACAGAGAGCCCCCCUGCCACCCUUCUCUGGUCAGAGGAACCAGGAUGCCAUCGGGGACACGCUGCUCAACUUCAAAUGUCACACGGUCAACGGCAACGGCUCCCCCUCCAGCCAACUCAGCAAGAACUCGGUCGCAGUCGCCUCAAUCCAUUUACCGCUGGCUGGUACGCCUAGCCCCUCUGCGUUGCAAUCUGUUGAUAACUCGACUUGCAAGCUGCAGUUUAUUGUCUUUCGAAAUGGGAAACUCUUUCCUUGCACAGGGAAUUCGUCAAAUCUGGCAGAUGAUGGAAAACGUAGGAGCGUUUCGACACCAGUUGCUUUCACCAAAUUAGAUAGGUGCACCCUCGGGAGCGCGGUGCACUCGGUUACCAUCGCUCUCAGGCACUUCGCGCUGGGUGUAGACCCCACCGCAGCCUAUUGGGAUUUUGACCUGCUAGAUGGGCACGGUGGCUGGCGGGCAGAGGGGUGCCACAUAACAGACUCCCUGGGCAGCACGACCACCAUUCAUUGCACUCAUCACAAUAACUUUGCGGUGCUAAUGGAUCUGAAGAAGGUGCUUUCUUUCCCCCCGUACCCUGGGGAGUUUCUGCACCCGGUCGUGUAUGCCUGCACGGCCGUUAUGUUGCUCUGCCUCUUCGCCUCCAUCAUCACCUAUAUCGUGCACCACAGCACAAUCCGCAUCAGUCGGAAGGGAUGGCACAUGCUCCUCAACUUCUGUUUCCACACGGCUCUGACCUUCACUGUGUUUGCCGGAGGCAUCAAUCGAAUCAAAUACCCCAUCAUCUGUCAAGCAGUUGGCAUGGUGCUACACUACUCGUCCCUCUCCACCAUGCUGUGGCUGGGUGUGAUGGCCCGGAACAUUUACAAGCAGGUGACCAAAAAGCCCCUGCAGCCCCAGGACGGUGACCCGUCUGCCAACACCAAACAGCCCAUGCUAAAUCUACAACCCAGGCCGGCACAGAGAGAGAAGCACAUCCUCAGGUUUUAUUUAGUCAGUGGCGGAGUGCCCUUCAUCAUCUGUGGAAUCACAGUAGCCAUCAAUACUGAGAACUAUGGCAGUGGGGAGACGGCACCCUACUGCUGGAUGGCGUGGGAGCCCAGCCUUGGAGCCUUUUACGGCCCCGUGGCGUUCAUCGUUCUGGUCACCUGCGUCUACUUCCUGUGUACCUUCAUUCAACUGAGGCGCCACCCCGAGAGAAAGUACGAGCUGAAAGCCCUGACUGAGGAGCAGCAGAGGCUGGCAUCCAUCACCGACGUGGGUAGGCAUUGUCAUCAAGGGGAAGGGGAGCCCGGAGCCCUGCCACCACCUCCCAAUGGAGGGCACUGCCAUGCGGGCUGCCACUCGUCCACUGCCAUCAACCCCUCUAUGCUGGCCAACGAGCAUUCGUUCAAGGCCCAGCUGAGGACGGCGGCCUUCACCCUCUUCUUGUUCGUGGCCACGUGGGCCUUCGGGGCGCUGGCUGUUUCACAGGGCCACUUCCUGGACAUGAUCUUCAGCUGCCUGUAUGGUGCCUUCUCCGUCACGCUGGGCCUCUUCGUGCUCAUCCACCACUGUGCCAAGCGGGACGAUGUGUGGCACUGCUGGUGCGCCUGUUGCCCCGGAAGACGCGCCAACCACGGUUGCCACGGCCAUGGUCACAGCCACACACGUCCAAAGGUUAAUGUCAAUGGGGAUGCCUUAGGGCAUGGGCACGGGCAUGGGCACUGCCACCUGGAUUCGCCAUGCCCAGGUAAGGCCCUGUUAGGAGGACACACCCACAGUGGCACCUUGGGUCACUGUAAGCAUGGCAGCCUGGCGUCAUCGCAGAACCAUGUGACGUGCCUGCCCACCGUGGUGCCGUGCUGCGCCGCCCUGCACAGCCAGCAGCUGAUGGAGGAGGAGCCUCCCGCACACGUGCUGCUACACGCUGACCCUGAGGGCUACCGGCCAGACAUCCAUCUGCAUCGAUGCCUGAAGGGCAGCACUAGGACUAAGCCUCGCAACUUCAGCCGUCACCGGCAGGCUGGCACAGGAGGGGGAGGAGGGGUGGGAGAGAGGGAGUACGCCUAUCACAUCCCUACUAGUGUAGACGGAGGCUCUAUCCACAGCUCCCACACAGACAGCCCUCACAGUACGCACGAGCGUCACGGACACAUCUGCCAUCUGGCUGCUGCCCCCAACGAAGUGGGCCACCACACUUGCCAAGCGGCAACGGCUCACGAGGCGGCGCUGGCAUGCCACGCCCCCUGCCACCGGCACGUGCCUUGCUGUGCCAAGGCGGACCUGUUCCCCACUCUGUGCCAGGUGGAGGCAGGCGACACGGGCACCUUUCUGUGCGGCUGUGGCAAAAUAGCCAAUGAGGAGGACGUGAUCAUGCCUCAUCACCACCUGGAGAUGCACCCGCGCAGACAAUCCUACCCCCAGAACCCGCCGCCCAAUCAGAAUGGCAUCCUUAAAGGUGGCCUGCACGAGGGUUUCCUGUACGCAUCAGACAGCACAGGGAAUAUACGCACUGGACCCUGGAAAAAUGAAACUACUGUGUAGUCUAAAGAUGGGGGGGAUAUAGGCAUCCAUUCCCGCCCCAGCCUCCGUCCCUCCAAUCCUCAACUCACCCCUCCUUUCCUUUCUAGGAACUACAAAAAUGAUUUCACAACUCUUAACAUCACGACUUUUACUUUCUAUUCUUUGUUUGUUUUCACGUGUUCCUUGUCCCAUUUGGGGCGGCAGGGUAGCCUAGUGGUUAGAGCGUUGGACUAGUAACCGGAGCGUUGCAAGUUCAAACCCCCGAGCUGACAAGGUACAAAUCUGUCGUUAACCCACUGUUCCUAGGCCGUCGUUGAAAAUAAGAAUUUGUUCUUAACUGACUUGCCUAGUUAAAUAAAGGUAAAAAAUACAAAAUUCACUUGACAGAUUAUCUGACAUUGUCAUAUAAAGAUCCCAAUGACCAGCCAUACAGAACUGAUUUUUCUCCUUCAUAGAGGAAUGUGAGUUCCAUGUGCAAGUUACAGUUGUCAAAGGUAUUUUUACCACUAUAGUAUGUUAUUAUUAUUAUUAUUACAGAUCUAUCGAGGAUGGAGAUUAUGGAUGUGUGUGUGGAUGUGUGUGUGUGAACAGAACACCAGUGUUUAUUCUUGCUCAAAGCAAAUGAGAUUGCGUUCUAUUUUGUGAGUCCCUAAAAUCCUCCGACUACUCUCUGACUUGUGUACCUGCAGUACUUCAAGAAGCUCAGUAUCCGUGUUUUAGGCAAACACACCAGCAAUUUAGAGUCAUUGGUAUUUGUGCCAUUUUGAACAAAAAGCAUACUUACUAUAAUAUACUGUGAAUAUCAGUUAGAGAUUAUCUUAGUAAUAUACAAAGAUGUCUACUCUCGUCUGAGUUCCGUGGAUGCCGAGAAGUUGUGAAAAUGUAAAAAAAAAAAAAAAAUACACAUUGGAAAAACCGAAACCACAUUGAGUAUUCUGUUACAGGUUGAUAUUGAAUGUUCUUGUCUGUAUGAUGUCUUACUGUUGUGUUUUUUUUUUAGAGCAAAGUGUACAACAACAGUCACAUUGUCAUUGUGUAUAUUUGCGGUGUUGGUGCGAUAGUGACAUCACAUGUCAUGACCAAGCAGCAGCCGUUCCAGGCUCAACCCUUUCCCCUUGCCCCAUUUGAUAUACGGUAAAACCAAGCCAACAUUUUCCAUCUCUGGCAAGGCAUCACAAAAUGGUUGGAGGUUCAUUCAAUGGGUCAUGUCCGAAAUCAAUGCUUAAACACAAUAUUUCAUUUCUUUAUAGGAAACAGAGCAUGUGAACCUUGUAUGUAGCUUUCUGCUGUGUUUUUGCUUUGUAUAUCAAUGCACAUUUCUUGAAAAACGCCAUCACUUUUGUCUAUGGAGCAGAUCAGGCUGUGUUCGCUUAUAACAUGCCGUGAAACAAACAAUUAUAUUUUUACACGAUUUUUAGUAUCAUUAUGCCAUUAUUAUGGAUGCUCCUGAAACCAUGUUCUGUUAAGGGACAGAGGACAGGGCAGAGAUUCAGUGUUGAACAUUUAACCUUAUACAGGUGGUAUUAUGUAUGGCGGCCCUAAGAGCCAAUUUAUGCUCGAUUCAAAAAAUGUGGUGGGAGGCGCUGUAUGGAUGGUGUGACGCAAUUACGGAGCCUCUGGAGGCACGCCGAGGCCAAAUUGAGCUCCGUACCACGUCGCCGUGUGCUCCGUAUAGCUCCGCAUUGACAUGAUUGGUUGACGGUAGGCGAGGACUUAAGGCCCUGUCUAAACACAAACCAACUUCCUUCACAACAGCUCUGCUUUGCGAAGAGCAAGAAGCACGAAUGCCCCUGACUUCCGCAGAGGGCCAUAUCACCGUAAAUGCUGCGCGGCCAAUGCAGCCGUCAGAGUGACCACGCAGCGCCUUUUAAGUGGCAAAGUAAUUUAAGAAAACUACGGUGGCCCUAAGGGGGCCAAAUGAGAUUAUGUUCGGUAUGGAAACCAGUCAUUCCCGAGUGAGAGAGAACUGACAAGGUUAAUAGAGAAACAAUUCCCUACCUACAAGAAUACAGCAACUCCUGCCUGGCCAAAACCACCUUGGCGCGCCACACCGUCCAUCCAUCUUGUGCACUCUUGUCUAUGUCCAUAGAAUUGGUUCUGAUGAGUUCUUUUUUGAUACAAGAUUUAAAAUGUGAAAAAGAGUAAAUAAAUAUAUAUGUAAUGAAAAUGUAUGGGAAAGACCUCUUAAUGUUAAUGCUCAGUAUCUGAGUUUAGAAAUGUAAUUUGUUCUUGGUGCAUUUUUCCGUUUGCUUGUAUUUUUGUUCUGAUCUUUCAUAAAGGGUAUGCGGACUGGCCAUAUAUUUUGUUAUAUUUGACACAUAGAUGCACUAACCGCUAUGGGAUACCGGGACUUCAUGUCACACACGUCAACUGUGAUUCAAUUGUGAUCUGAAUUCAACAAGGGACUUGAUUUUAGAAAGAAAUGUUAGAAUUUCUGAAAAGAGAGCAUUUUUAGAUGUACAUACGUAAAAGGAAUAUUCCUGAUUUUGGAAGACAAACACUGACCAGUAGCAAAAUGAGCCGCCACGAGACUUCAAGACUAUGUCAGACGAAUACCGAUGCUGUGUAACAGUUUCACUAAAUAAACCUAACAUCCUUGGUAUUCUUAAAUCAUCCCUGCAUUAAACAUGUCUAUGAGAGACUACAUUG